AUGCCACCAACCCUCCACCUCGUCCGCCACGCCGAAGGCUUCCACAACUCCUCCUGGCACGGCGAAGCCAUCCACGACCCCCUCCUCACCGAAAAAGGCGAAGCCCAAUGCGCCGAGUUAUGCAAAAACUUUCCCCAUCACGACAAAAUCGAUAUGCUGAUGGCCUCGUACGUUCCCACCUCUUCUCCCACAUUCAACACCGUCCACCAAAUAUACUAA